CUGGCAGGUUCGCUUCAACUGCCUGCCGCAACGUCGUCGUUACAAUCACCGUAUAACCUGUAUUUGAGUUCACCAACCUCUGACCGUUUGGAGCAUCCAAGUGCUUUUUCGGCAUUUGCUGCUGCUGCUGCCGCCGCCGCCACAUCAACUGUGCCGUCAACGACGUCAACAACAUUGCAGAUUCCUGGUGAUACUGCUAACAAUAUAGCCAUAUUAAUACAGGAACAUUUUCAGCGACAACCUGCUGCAUAUUUUGCUGCAAGCUUCUAUAAUCAAGUACAAGCUCCAUUUUCGUUUCCGCAGGCGGCUGUGGUAGACGCACUGUGUGAACAAAUUUUACAACUGAUACUUCAAUACCCAGAUAUGGCUUCAACAAUUAUUAAUGCCGUCGGCCAGACACCUUGGGGUCCUCUAGUACUGCGUCGUGUGUUUAACUAUAUUCAUACGAACAAUAACCCAUGUCAGCCAAAGCCGAUUCCAUUUAGCGAGUCAAGUGACCUAGAAAGGUUUCGAUCAACAAGUCCAGAAUUUUGGGCAUCAGACGACGUUACCGCAUGGUUAUGUGCAGUUGUAAAAGCCAAAGGUAUUCGCAUAGAAGAAACAAAUGCUUAUAAGUUUGGACGCUGCAACGGUAAAAUUUUGUUGAGCAUGGAUGAGCAACAGUUCAAAGAAAUGGAUCCAAAUUAUGGGCAUAUAUUGUUUGCUGAAUUCAGGCAACUGAUCGCUGACCAGCGAAUUUCUCAACGUGCAGCUAUGGAACGUUCGAGUAAGUUUCUCUGA